AUGUUUAGUCAAUUAUCGUCUGCCGCUAAACGUGCCACGAAUAAAACAUUCUUCCGCACUCCGCUGGCAAAGAAUUUAAUGGCUGGUGGAGCAGUGGUGACGGGAAUUACUGCGACUGCAGCUCUUUACGCUGAUUCGUUAACAGCGGAUGCUAUGACUGCGGCGGAGCAUGGGUUGCAUCCUCCAGCUUACGGAUGGUCGCACAAUGGUCCGCUUCAGACAUUUGACCAUGCUUCAAUCAGACGUGGUUACCAGGUUUACCGUGAGGUGUGUGCUGCGUGCCACUCGCUUGAUCGUGUUGCGUGGAGAACGCUUGUCGGUGUAUCUCAUACCAAUGCCGAGGUCAGAGAGAUGGCCGAGGAAUUCGAGUACGACAACGAGCCCGAUGAGCAAGGUAACCCUAGAAAGAGACCAGGUAAGUUGGCAGACUACAUUCCAGGUCCUUAUCCAAACGAACAAGCCGCCAGAGCUGCGAACCAAGGUGCAUUACCCCCAGAUUUAUCCUUGAUUGUCAAGGCAAGACACGGUGGUGCCGAUUACAUCUUUGCCCUUUUGACUGGUUACCCGGAUGAUCCUCCCGCCGGUGUACAGCUUCCUCCAGGCUCCAAUUACAAUCCUUACUUCCCAGGUGGCUCCAUUGCAAUGGGUAGAGUCUUGUUCGAUGACUUGGUUGAAUAUGAAGAUGGCACGCCAGCAACCACCUCUCAGAUGGCUAAGGAUGUCUCUACAUUCUUGCAGUGGUGUGCGGAACCUGAACACGACGAGAGAAAGAGACUGGGUCUAAAAGCUAUCAUCAUCCUAUCUUCGUUGUACCUAUUGUCUGUCUGGGUUAAGAAGUUCAAGUGGUCCUCCUUGAAGAGCAGAAAAUUUGUCUUCAAUCCUCCAAAGAAAUAA